UACCAUUAUAAAAUUAUGUCAGUUGUGUUUUUACGGUUUAGACUUUGUUGUACCAAUUGCGACGAUGACCGGGAAAUUUCCACAAAUUGACUUAGAAAAGCUUGAAGAAAUACUCUACAACUACCAGGACCAUCCUGUUGCCAUUAUCAGUGUGUUUGGGGAACAACGAUCGGGAAAAUAUUUUCUCUUGAAUUUGUUAUGUCAUUAUCUAUUGGGAAAUCAGGAAGUAGCUGUGUUCUUGAUGGACACUCAAGGAUCUUUUAAUGAGGAUAUGACUGCAGGAGACUGUUCUGUAUUGUUUGGAUUGAGCACUUUACUAAGUUCUCUCCAGAUCUACAAUUUACCAGCAGGGUUAAUAAAAGAAAAUGAUGUGCAACACGUAGGGAACUUUGCAAGUCAAGCCAAGGAUCUAAUAAAGAGUGAGGGAUCUGCUUCACCUACAACUUUAUCAAGCCUUUUGAUUCUGGUACAGAACUGGCAAAGGUCAGAUUAUGAUUAUGGCAGCAAAGGUGGGAUGGAAUAUUUGGAAGAAGUUAUGAAAGCGGAUCAAGAUGAAAACAAAGACGCAUGGAAGAUGAUAAUGGAGAGUUUUUCUGAUGUCAAAUGUCAUUUGUUGCCACAUCCUGGGAAGAAAGUUGUGAAACAGAAAGGAAGUGAUGAUUUUAAUGUUAAAGUUGCAGAUUUGGACAAAAACUUUCUUGUUGGAGUGAAUGACUUGGCCAAGUGUUUGUUUUCUGAAGAUAGUUUGGUUGUAAAGCAACUUGAUGGUGAACCUUGCACUGGUGAAGUUCUUAUGAGGCUUGUAAUGGAACUUGAAAAGACGGCAAGAAAUGGUGAAUUACCUGAAGUAAACACAAUACUAAAGGUCAAUGAUAUUGUUGAGUUUCAACAUAAAAUCGAUGAAAUUAAAAGUGAAUAUUUUGCUACAAUGAAGUCCAAGACAGGGGACAGAUUCAUUGACCCUAAAAUGUUGGAACAAUUCCAUGAUGAAUGCUUCCAGAAUGCAUUGAAGCAACUUGAUGAUCGUGAUCAGUUUGAAGAAGAUCAGAGUUUGAAAUAUGAAGCACGUUUGGUCAAAGAUUUAAAAUGUUUAUAUGAAGUUAUACUUUGUUACAACAACAGACGAAAGAUACAAGAAAAAAGUGAAAUCAUGGAUAAAGUUACUGCUGUUAGAUAUAUCUAUAUGGAGGAAAUGGAAAAGAUAGCUGGUGGCCGUUAUUUAGAGGAUGUUGAUGCAGCAAGCGUGGUUGCCGAAACAAAAGCAAUUGAAGCGUUUAAAACAUCAACCAGUGAUUGCAACCAGGACUUCGUGAAAAAGUGUGAAAAUAAACUGCAUGAAGCUAUUCGAUCAAAGCAUGGAAAAUUUGAAACUGGAAAUGAAAAGAGAAAGGAAACUUUUCAAGUGAACUUACAAAGUCUGGUUGCUAGGUAUAGAAAUGAGUAUGGGAUUGAGAUGGACAAGGAAAUUAAAAGGAAUGGGACAAAGGAAGCUUUAACAGCUGCACAUCAAUAUGUGUUUAAAAGCUUAAUGGUGCGAUUUAUUAAUUCUGAAUUUGAAAAAUGCCUGCCAUGUCAAGAAGAACAGCUAAAUUCUUUGAUGGAUGAAAUUUUUCAAUGCUUUCAUAAUUACGAAAGUAAAAGGGAGUUACAGAAAGCUGAGGCAAACAAAAAACUUAAAAUGGAACGUAUGGAAAGAAAGCUUGAUGUAUUUUACGGUAAAUUGGAAGCAGACUACUUACGAAUAAUGAACAAGGAAGCUGGUGAUGCAAGUGAAGCAACUCUGAAUAAUCUGCACGAGAAAAUCGUAUCUUUGGUAACUGCAGAAUUAAAAAGGGCUGUUCCUUUUACAAGUAUUCAAGAAAAUGCAGUUGAAACAUGUGAAAAUAAGUUGAGGAGACAAAGAUGGAAAGUAAAAGAAGAAGGUUAUACCAACAGCGGUGCCUUAAAGCGGUCAGAACCAACCGGCCUGAUUGGUGCUGCAUUUGCAGUGUUAACUGAUGCUGUUUUCGGUACAAAAGCCCCACCUAAUCUUUAUGUAAAUACAUCAGAUCUUCCAUCCCUUCGUAUGUUGGAGGUUCUUAACCAGUAGUGUGAAUGUUACCAUGUUACAUCAUAUAAAUAUAUUCAUAUGCUCGGCUUCUGAUAUAACAUGUUGGUCUGCUCUAUUUGUCCAUAACUCUAUAAUUACUUUCAGCACAUAAUAUCCAAACAUCCUGAUUGUGUUUUAAACAAUUAACAACGGUCUAUGGGAGUCGUGAGGAUAUGGUUUUAUAAUUCUUUAAAUGUUCUUUGCUUACUACCAAAUAGGACAAGAAAAUAUCCUCGUGUUAACUAUAUUUUUCACUAUUUUGUUUUAAUUUUGUUAACUCCCGUUUUUUCAUAUAUCACUGAUCAAUCAAGUUUCAUAAAUUAUUACUAGAGUGCAAUAACUAUAUAUGAUAUGUCAUUGCUGUGUAACUGAUUGAUCAGUGAUAUAAUGUUUUAGCGUUUAAAUCACUGUGAAAUUUAAAAAAAGUUUUUUUUAAUGCUUUUCUCCCAUUUUGAAUAAGGCAAGCGAAUAUUUUACCGAAUUCGUUAUUUUGGUAUUUGAAGAGUUAAACGCGGUAAUUUCUUACACCAAACUCUGACAAAAUAUGCUUAAAACUUGUCAAAGAAUGAUUUCCGAUACCAAAUAUUUUCGAACAUUUGUUUUUGGCUGUUUUGGUGUGAACCAUGGUGUUGGAGAAUAAUAACUAAAUAAAUAUUUUACAAAAAAA